UUCGUAGUCGUCCGCUGUGGCCGCCCUGUUGCAGGCCGGGACCCGGGAAGUGCUCCUCCUUAGUGCCAGCAGUCCCGGCAGUUUAUGAAACUACCCUCUCCUAACACAUUAGAUAUUGGAAAGCACAAGUCCGGCUCGCGACGACGUGAGCGGCCGGUUACAACGCGUUCCAUAGCAUGGCAGAGUGCAUCAACUUGGCGCUGGAUGACUCCAGCAGUGAAGAAGAUAAUGCCAGGGCGCCGGCUCGCAAGCGGCUGGCCCCGGGAGGCCAGCUCGCAGGCAGCCCCGCCCCUGCACGCCGUCGCGGCGCUGCCGCUGCUGCCACCGGGCCGGCGGAUGCGCCCGACGUCGUCAUGCUGUUGUCCUCCUCCUCCUCCUCCGAAGCCCCCUCUCCUGGGGGAGAAGACGGACGUGACAGCGACAGCGACAGCGACAGCGAGGGCCACGCGUCAGGUGGGGCGGGUCGCGUCAGCGGCGGCGGCGGCAGCAGCAGCACGGACGCGCAGUCCGAUGGCGACGUCGGUGGCGACGUCGGUGGCGACGGCGGCGGCGGCGUUGCGGUGCGGCAGGCAGCGGCACGUGGCCGUCGCGGCCGUGGGGGCCGCUCGCCUGAGUCCUCCGAGUCCUCCUCGUCAUCUUCAGACUCGGAAUCCUCAAAGUCCCCGUCUCCACACCCCUCGAGAGACGAGGGCGAGGGGCCACGCAACGGAGGCGGCGGUCGCGGCGGCCGCGGCGGCCGCGACAGCGGACGCGGGACCGGCGGCGCUGCAGGAGCAGGCGCCGCGGCCGCUGACGCAGAAGGGGCACCGGCACCGGCACCUGCUGCUGCUGUGGCGGCGGCCAAGGCCGCUGCGCAAGCUGUCGCAGACGCGGGCGUCCCGCCAGGGCCUGCGGAGCGGGCUGCGGAGGGUACGGGCGCCGCGGACGGCGCAGGCGGCGCCGCCAGUGGGGCGGCCAGCCGGCCAGCCGCCGCUGACGCCGACGCUGACAGCGACAGCGACUUCGAAGUGGAGGUGGUGGGGGAGAAGGGGCAGGUGACCACGCGCGACUUCCCACACCCGCGCCCCGACUGCGCGGUGCACAAGUUCAAGGACAACGGUGUCGCGAGCAACGCCCAGCACUGCGCGAAUUGCUUCUGCUAUGUGUGCGACGUCAAGGCGUCGGAGUGCGCCUACUGGGGGACAGGCGAGCAGCAUACGCACCACGCCAACGCGCGGCCCAAGGACUCCUAUUGGGCGGCCCUCAGGCGCGACGCGCGUGCCGCCGGCGUCAGCCAAUGCGCGCCGCUGCUGCAGGCGGCGUUUGAGGGGAAGCCGCUGCCGACGGCGGCAGCGAUGGCGGCGGCGGUGGCGGCUAACCGGUUGGGGCCGCCGCGCGGCGCGCCGGCCGGCACCCGUCCUUUCGAGCCGUCCUCUCCCAGGCUCGGCUCGCACGCGUCCAUGCGCCCCGGCCCGGCGGGCGCGCAGCCGUACCCGCCGCAGCAGCAACAGCCGCCGCUGCUGCGCGGCGCAAACUCCGCGCCAGCGGCGGGCGCCGGCUUCGGCAGCCACGGCCACAGCAAUGGGCUCUACCCGCAGGCGCAGCAGGCAGUGCAGGCGGCGCCGCCGCCGCUGCCGGCGGGCAAGCACUGGCGGCCGUGUUGCGGGCGGCACGGCUUUACGUCAUGGGCGUCAGCUCUGUCGAAGGCCGCUGUGGCGGCGGAGGCGAUGCCGCUGUGGGGCCAGUCCGACGGGUCGGACACGCCGAGCUAUUACACGCGCACAAACCGGGUCUACUGCCCAGACUGCAUCUGCUGCAAGUGCGGCUGCCCGGCCUCCCAGUGCCGCAGCUGGGGCUCAGGCGCCAGUCCAACUGACCACGCAAACCUGGGCCCGCCGCCGGGGACACAGCAGCAGCCGUCGCUUUACCAGCAGCAGCCGCAGCAGCCGCAGCAGCCGCAGCCACAACAAUCGCCGCGCCCUUACAUGAGCUUGACUGCCGCCGGCGCCGCCGCCGCCGCGGCCUGCCCGCUGCGGCCCACAUGGUCGCGCGACGGCGCCGCCGCCGCUGCCCCCGCUGGUGUCGGGCCGUCCCUACUGCCCAUGUUCCCGGGAGCGCCACUGCCACCCGCACCCGCGCCCGCGCCCGCGCUUGUGGGGCUGAACGCGGCGCACCCUCUGGCGUCACGGCACGCCUACGUGCCGCACCAGCCCGUGCGCUUCCCCUCCAACAUCCGCCCGCCCACACGCAUCAGCCGGACCUCAGCCGAGCCCGCCGUGCCCGGGCUCGCCGAGGCCGACGCGGCCAUGGCCGCGACGGCGGCGCCGGCGGCGGCGGGGGCAUCCGUGGCAGCACAGCCGCCGCCGGCACCGCCGCAGCCGCCGCUGGUGCUAGUGCCAGGGGGCCAACCGCAACCGCAGCCGGCGGGCAGCUGCGCCGCGGCGGAUGCAUCAGUGGCGGGGGCAGGGGCGGCGGAUGAGGUCGCCGCCCGGACCGCGGAUGCGGCGGAGUGGUGGGAUGCCAUGGCCGCGGCCUUUGAUGUGAUUGAGAACACCGCCAACUUUAUGAACACGCAGCGGGAGGCGCUGAGGCCGGCCGCGGCGGCGGCGGCCGCGGCGGCGGUAAAGGCGGCGGGCCGGGCAGGGUCAGCGGGCCAAGCGGCAUCGGCGUCGGCGUCUGGGGAUCAGCCGCCGUUAGCGGGCCAGCUGCCGGUGUCGCCGCCGGGGCCAGCUGAGCUUGCAGGACCGGGAGCGGCGGCAGCGGGUUGCCAAGGGGCCUUGGUGGCGGCGGUGGCAGUGGCUGUAGCAGGUCAGCAGGGCCAGGAGGCGGCAGCUGUAGCGCCAGCGCCCUCAGGCAGUGCGGACACGUCUGCUCCUUCUGCUACUGCUGCUGCCGCUGCUCCGACUACUGCUGGCAGUGCUGGCGGCGGCGCGGGUGCGGGUGCAGGCGGCGGCACGGGUGCGGGUGCAGGCAGCGGCGCGGGUGCGGGUGCAGGCGGCGGCGCUGUAGACACGGACGCGGCCUCACAGUCAACGGCUGCCGUGGCGGCAAUGGCGGCAGGGGUGGCAGGCGCAGCAGGGGCAGGCGCGGCAGUCGCCGCCCAGCCAGCUUCGGCGGCCCCUGGGGCAGCGACGGCGGCGCCAGCGGCGGCGGCAGCACCUGCAAACGCUGCGCCCGGGCCGCUUCUGAAGUUGAAGCUAAAGCUGCCGAGUGGCUUGACUGCGUCUGCGCUGGCGGCGAAGCCUGCUACGGGUGCCGGUGCGGGCGCGGGUGCGUGUUUUAGUGCGGCUGGGGGUGCGGCUGGGGGUGUGGCUGGGGGUGCGGCUGGGGUUUCGAAGCCUGCGCCACCAGGCGAUUCCUGAAGUGACCAGUUCGUGAAGUUAUUGUCUAUGUGAGUCAACACACGUGUAAAGGCAAGCAGGAUGUGUGGAUGGGGGAAGAGACUCGCACGUUCGCAGAGGUGCUACCGUAAUCGAGGCAUUGGUUAUGCACAGUCCUUCAGUGGCGCGCAGGAAUGCGCAGGGUGCGCCUAGGCUAGGCCCCAUGGUGCGGCCCCACAAGGGCCGGUGUUACAUUCAUGUCCGACGCGAAACAGACACGCGGACACACGCUCAAUUUCGCUGGGCGCAUACUGUAUUUUACUCCGACGCGGCGUAGUUUAGCCCGGGUCCGCACUGUGGAGAGGCUUUUGUGCUGAUCGGCUCGUGUGCUGAUUGUUGUACUUGCCGCAAGCCUGGUGGUGGGGCGGUGCGUUGUAGAGCAAUCGGACGCUGGCUACGGGCCGGAGACAGCCGGAGAUGAGGCCAAAACGGCGGACCUCGCGGCUCGGACGGUGUGGAGCUGGUGUGGCUUCGUCCCAUUUUUUACAUGCGCAUGGAAAUAUCUUUGCCCCUCCUGGUCAUGCCGGUGCUCCCUUUCUUUUGUCGCUGUGGGCCGCGGGCCUUUUGCGGGACCCAUCGCUGCAGCACAUGUCGAGCUGCGGUGGUGCAGCUGCAAAGGCAACACCGGAGCAGGUUCUGGGGUGUGCGUAGCCCGGGCAGUUCUGAUGGUGGCUGUGCUGGCUGGCAACCGAGUACGGCAAUAUAGUACAUGGCGGUGCGCUGGUUGAUGGUGCUCCCGACUCGCCUGACACCGGGAGCAAGUGAGGGCUUGUGCACGCAGGCGCAUGCGCGAAGGGAUGAGCAGGACUGGGCGGAUGUGAAGUGUGGUUCCAAUGCUCAGGUGGCUGCAAUGCCGGGGGUUGCUAGCCAGGGGGGGGGGCUAGCCAGGGUUUCAUGGCGAUGCCAAUCGCAUGAAUGUGCGUGUGUGCGCGCGCGUAUAUGUGUGUUUAGAGGGACCUGCUGACUCAGUUCAUCAGUCAGUGACGUGUGGCCAUGCGCUGAAUUGCUGGCGGCUGCGCGCCCUUCGGUGCUGUGCUGUGCUGUGCUUGCAUGAACCUGCCAUGUGCAUGCGAAUGGCAUUGCGAGCAGCAGGCUGUGGCAGAGGCGCAGAGCUCCAAGGAUUGAGGGGCCUGGGGGCGGCAGGGGGCGAGAUCGGUACACCGGUGCCAGCCGGUGACGACGGGUCCACUGCUGCUUGGCGGCACGAAUGCGGCGGCAGUGCGGUACGGAGCGGGGAAUUACAUGUGUGACCAGCAAUCGACGGCCGAGCCAAUCACGCAUUCAAAGCACACGGGUGCACACUCGAAUGUUGCAUGGGUGACGGGUUACGAUGCUCAGCAUCAACGGUUUCGCUUCCCAACUGAUGAGAUAGACGGCUGCGGCCUUAGACGGGAGACGUGGCGUCAGGGCUCCUAUCUUAAUGUCUCCAGACAUUAAUUGGCCAUUUUGGCCGUUUCCUAGACAUUCCUCCCGGGGGCUAAUGUCUGGGGCGCGACUUUGUUGGCCCGGGUUUGGGGCGGGUUUUGUCCCAAUUCCUAUGGAGAAGCCCCCAUACCGCCAUGUGCCCAGACAAAAGACGGCGGCCACCGGGCCGUUUUUGUCUGGAGCUAGACAUUACCCCCAAAACAAGAUACGACCCCUGCGUGGCGUGGGCGCAGUCCACGUUUCCCGCUGGACUUGUCUUAUCAUUCUUAUGAUUCAGUGUAUCUGUGGACCGCACAAUUAAGGGGGCAAGGUCAUGGCUCUCUUAGAACGCCGGCUUUUGGAGCGCGUUUGCGCCAGGCUGUGCCAGGCUGCCAGCUCCUGACUAUGUGAAGUGGGCUUCCGACUGCUACCGUAUCUGCCAGCUGGAGCCAACGCUUGCCGUACUCACAGUUACCCCUGGUAACGAGCAAGGGCCACCAGGGCACGGCGGAACGACGGGGAGGUGAGACCAUGUGGUUGAUUACGGAGGUCAGGGAUGAGACGGGACUCGUGCGACUCGGACAGGCGGCUGCACGGCGCUCGGUCUGGUGGCAUGAACCACGUUGCACAGCACCAUGGUUAAUAGCCA